AUGGAUUACCUUGGGAUUGAUCUGAGCUGCGCGAUCGGAUCUCUCCGGGACGGCGAGUUCCCGGAGAAAGAUUGUCUUCUUCCUCUGAUUUCAAAGCUUCUCGGUUACUUCCUCGUCGCUGCUUCCAUCGCCGUCAAGCUCCCUCAGAUAAUGAAAAUCCUGCAACAUAAGAGUGUACGAGGCCUAAGUGUUGUGGCAUUUGAGCUCGAGGUCGUUGGUUAUACAAUUUCUCUUGCGUAUUGUCUUCACAAAGGCCUUCCCUUUUCGGCUUUUGGCGAAAUGGCUUUUCUUUUGGUCCAAGCUUUGAUCUUGGUUGCUUGUAUCUAUUAUUACUCUCAACCAGUCCCUAUGACAACUUGGGUCAGAGCACUCUUAUAUUGUGCUGUAGCACCAACUGUGCUUGCUGGUCAGAUUAAUCCUACGCUCUUCGACGCUCUUUAUGCUUCACAGCAUGCGAUAUUUCUCUUUGCAAGACUCCCUCAGAUAUGGAAGAACUUCAAAAACAAAAGUACAGGAGAACUUAGUUUCUUGACUUUCUUCAUGAACUUCGCCGGAUCCAUCGUGAGAGUGUUCACCAGCAUCCAGGAAAAUGCCCCAAAUAGCAUUCUUACGGGUUUUGCUCUUGGAGUCUUCACGAAUGGAACUAUCCUGAGUCAGAUUCUCUUGUAUCAGAAGAAGCCUGCUGAGGCAAAGGAGAAGAAAGCCAAUUGA